AUACUGGAACAUUAUCAGUUCUAACCGACAAGAUGCAACGAGUAGUGUUGUGUUCCCUGGCCGCCGUGCUUCUGGCGUUCGUCGCUGAAUCGUCAGCGCAGCGUUUCAUCCAGCCGACCUACAGGCCGCCGCCUCAACGACCACCGAAGAUAUACAGACUGCGAAGAGAUGCAGGCGAACCGCUAUGGCUGUACCAAGGUGAUGAUGUCCAGCGAGCCCCAGCCACCGGCGACCAUCCUUACCUUCCGCCAAACAUCGACGACAUCCAUCUAGACCCCAACACCAGAUACGCUCGCAGCGUUGACUCUCCUAGCGCUAAGCGUGGAGGAGGCAGCCACAGCACCUCCAGUGGAAGCAGGGACACUGGCGCCACGCACCCCGGGUACAAUCGCCGCAACGCCCGAAGCAUAAGAUUCGACCCCAUCUCCCCGCUGCCGUCCCCGACUUUCCCUAAACCAUUCGACCCGUUCAACCCCCGGCCUGUUUCGCCCACCAGACCCUUCCCCUUGUACGCGAGAAGCAGAAGAGAUAUCCAGUUCCCGCAAAAGCCGAAGCACCAUGACAUCGUUCUUACCGGGUGGAACCCCAACGCUCGCGUCCAGCCUUGGCAGAAAAUUAGGGUUAGGGCGUAGUUAAGAUAAUUGUGUUAAUAAGACAGUUGCAUUGUAAUGUAACUAGUUAAAUUGUAUAUAGCACUUGAUUGUGAUGUUAUUUUUACCAAAUAUAUUUAUUAUUUUAAAUACUA